UACAACCCUUUUUUGUUUCUAGCUCUACUGUGCGUUGCCCGCUGCAACCCUUUGGGGCUCGGCUCGGCAACCGUUUGCGAGUCGUCCCCCAACUUCCUAGGCGGCUUGGGAAGUACGACAGUCUGUGAAUCUGGAUUGGGCGGCCUCGGCUUCGGUCUCGGCGGUCUCGGUGGCAUCGGCGGUCUCGGCGGUCUCGGCUACGGCCUCGGCGGACUAGGAGCGACUACCGUCUGCGAAUCCUCACCGAACUUCGGCUUGGGCGGUCUAGGCUAUGGACUCGGCGGUCUUGGCGGAAUUGGUGGACUCGGCGGAAUCGGCGGAAUUGGUCUCGGUGGACUAGGAUCUACCACAGUCUGCGAGUCAUCACCGAAUCUUGGUUUGGGCGGUUUAGGCUACGGAUUGGGCGGUUUGGGCGGUUUCGGUGGUAUCGGGGGCAUCGGCGGACUGGGAUUAGGCGGUCUGGGUGGUCUAGGACAAACCACUGUCUGCGAGUCUUCACCUAACCUAGGCUUAGGCGGAAUCGGUUACGGUCUCGGCGGACUCGGUUAUGGUGGAUUAGGUUUGGGCGGUCUUGGUAUGGGUUUAGGCGGAGUUGGUCUCGGCUUGGGUGGUCUAGGACAAACCACUGUGUGCGAAUCUUCACCGAACCUAGGUUUGGGCGGUUUAGGCUAUGGUUUGGGCGGUCUGGGUUACGGUUUGGGCGGUCUUGGGGGCAUCGGUUUGGGCGGCUUAGGAGCGACCACUGUUUGCGAAUCUGUACCCUCUCUGGGAUACGGCGGUCUUGGUCUGGGCGGUCUAGGCAUGGGCGGUCUCGGCGGCUGGGGUCUUGGUCUCGGUGGUCUCGGCGGUCUCGGUGGUAUCGGCGGUCUAGGAGGCAUUGGUCUCGGCGGAUACGGUCUCGGCGGUUUGGGUGGUUCUGCGACCGUUUGCGAGUCCUCCCCUAACCUAGGUCUAGGUCUUGGUCUCGGUGGAUUCGGCGGAAUCCUAGGACGCCCAUUCCUGUAAAUGACUUUCGGCGUACUUUAACCUAUACGCUAUUAAAUAACCGUUGAACGAAUCUAGCUCGAAUUAUGGUAUAUGUAUCAGCAAGUUAAAAAACCAGUCAGGCAUACGCAAAAGGAAUUUUUCCAGACCCUUAAAUCUUCGGCGUAUGAAUAGGAAUUGUUGCC